CAAUAGGGCUCGUUCUCUGCUUUGGCUAGGCCCCAAGAUGUUGGUCGCAUCUUCUUCAUUUAGCUCAGUUGCCAAAGAGUCACUGAAGUAGUGUGGUUGUGAGUUUGCUUUUUAAGGAAGAAAAGGAAAAUUAACAAAUUGCCAAGAACGUUUUGGGGUCUUUGUCUAUCUUCCAUCAUGAGGCAUUUUCCAACCACAAAUGCUUCCGUCACUCGGAUGAUAUUGGCCGUAAGUCUGCUCUGGAUUUCAACCAAUCCGUGCCAAGGAGCGGAGUCGAACUUUGAGGACUUGGAUUUAAGCGUGGACAUGCCACAGAAUGAAAAAGUCGAGGUGAUUCAAGAUGAUCCUCACAGCAACGCAGUGCAUAUUGCCCAUAACAUCCCGACUGGUAGCGAUAUCUACGUCAAACAAACCAAUCCGUACAAUGCGAGUGUUCAUAUCAGUUUGAAUGUGGCCAAUGAUUGCCAAGUUCGGGCAGAAAUGGAGAACAUGGUCAAUUGUGCCCUUCAUGUCAGCUUAAAUGGAGCUUCGAAGAGCCAAGUAGACGUGACUAUUAGUAAAUGCUUCAACUCAUCCGUUCAUCUCAGUUUCCAAAACCCGGUGAACACACCCGUCAAAUUAACCAUGGACGAGAGCACUCAAUGUCAGAUCCAUGUGAGCCAGAACGUUCCGCGAAAUUCUCCCAUGGAUGUGACCAUCAAUGGGGCCAUCGCAAAUGAGAUUCAUUGCAGUCAGAGUGUUCCUCAAUCUUCGCCUUUGACUUUCUUUUUGGAUGGCACCAUUCAAUCAAAUGAUCCAGAGGGUGAAGAUGAUGGGGAUGGGAGUGCUAAUCAGGUGGAGGUGUCCCAAUCCGCCGCAGAUGAUGCUAGUCCACUUCAAUGCACACCUGAGUGUCCAGAGCCGGAAUUCGUGUACGAAUAUGAUUACUACGGCAAUGGGGAUGGUUCAAAAGUCAAGAGUGAGGGUGGAAAGAUAGGUGAGAACAACAGUGGGAACGUCCGAGUCAGCGUUCAAAAUACCAUCAAGGGGCAGCAAAUAUCCACGGAGAUUAUUCGACAAUCAAGCUCUUCGGACUCUCGCACUACCAUGACGCGAAAGACUACCACCACUCAAAGUGACGGCAAUGGAGGUUUGAACACGAUCGAGGACAAUCGCAAGGAACAAGUGUUCGAGUCCUCGGACCCGGUGAACAAUCCGGAUCAAAAUCUGCUGGCUCAAGAUGACGUUAACAUUCUAGGAACUGGUAGUACGCAAAACCUGGACUUGAAGGACCCUUCCGACUACGAUUUCAAUACCAACCGUGACGAGUCCAACAAUGAGGCGGAUCAUAGCCAAAGUGAACCCGAAAUCCCCUACAGUGAUUCAUCACUCGAACAUGACCAAUCGGAACACACCUCCACGAGUGCUGAGGAUGACUACAGUCCCGACUAUCAAGUGCCUGAUCUCAAUGACGUCAGCAAUGGGGAGCACAGUGACCACGGCAACGAAAGUCUAGUCGCUGACCAGUCCGUGGAGGAUCAGUCGAGCAACCAGCAAUGUCCGGGAGGCUCACUGGAAGUGUGUAUUGACGUGUGUCCCGGAUCGCAUCCCAGGGCAUUCGCUGUUUGCGUGGCCGAGUGUGGACAACGAUGCCCCUGAGCAAAAUGAAAUUUCAACCCAAUAUUUCGUUUGAGCAAAAAUGAAAAUGAACCCCCAACAUUUCA